AUGGCGGAAAAGAGAAAACGCCGACGAGCAGACUCCGAUUCCGACGACGAAUCUGUUCGUCUUCCCUUUAAAAAUCGCUUGAAGCCAGAUGCCGCCAUCCUAUCCAUACUCAAAACCCUAACUGAAGCCACCAAAUCAGCCUCAACUUCUAAAACCCUAACCCUCUCCGACCUCGAUCUAUCAUCCACCUGCCGUGAAGUCACCGACCUGGCUUUAUCCUCCGUCCAAACUGAGAUCCAAACAUUAGCCAUAUCCCUUGCCAAAUCAAUCCUCGCCGGCAACGGAUUCUCCUUCUCCGUCCCCUCACGCGCCGCCACCAACCAACUAUACGUCCCUGAGCUGGAUCGCAUUGUUCUCAAGGAUAAAUCCUCCAUCCGCCCCUACGCCUCUGUAUCUACCGUCCGUAAAACCACCAUUACAACCCGUAUCCUCUCGCUCAUCCACCAACUUUCCCUAAAAAAUAUCCAUGUCACGAAACGUGACCUAUUCUAUACUGAUGUCAAGCUUUUUCAAGACCAGACCCAAUCCGAUGCCGUUUUGGAUGAUGUUUCUUGUAUUUUAGGCUGCACCAGGUCUUCACUGAAUGUUGUUGCAGCUGAAAAGGGGGUGGUUGUAGGCAGACUUAUUUUCAGUGACAAUGGCGAUAUGAUUGAUUGUACGAAAAUGGGAAUUGGAGGGAAAGCGAUUCCUCCAAAUAUAGACAGAGUUGGUGAUAUGCAAAGUGAUGCAUUGUUCAUACUCUUAGUUGAAAAAGAUGCUGCUUAUAUGCGAUUAGCUGAGGACCGAUUUUACAAUCGAUUUCCCUGCAUUAUCGUGACAGCAAAAGGGCAACCUGAUGUUGCUACCAGGUUGUUCUUGAGGAAGAUGAAGAUGGAGCUGAAAUUACCUGUGUUGGCUCUUGUAGACAGCGACCCUUAUGGUUUGAAGAUCCUGUCUGUAUAUGGCUGUGGAUCAAAGAACAUGUCUUAUGAUAGUGCAAAUUUGACUACACCGGAUAUAAAGUGGUUGGGGAUUAGGCCUAGUGACUUGGACAAGUAUAAGAUACCAGAACAGUGUAGGUUGGCUAUGACUGAGCAGGAUAUUAAGACUGGUAAGGAUUUGUUGGAGGAAGAUUUCGUGAAGAAGAAUCCUGGCUGGGUUGAGGAGUUGAACCUAAUGGUGAAGACAAAGCAGAAAGCGGAAAUUCAGGCAUUGAGCACAUUUGGUUUUCAGUAUCUAUCAGAGGUAUACCUGCCGCUGAAGUUGCAGCAGCAAGAUUGGCUAUAGUGAUGGAGAAGCUUACUAUGUGCCAGCCCUUGUCUUUUUAUAGCAGCUGAGCUGAUUUGUUGGAUUCCCAAGAUGAUCAAUAAGUUGUCUUUUAUCUGUUCUCUUGUAGCCAGAAAAUUAUUGAUCAUUAAAAUAUGAAAUCAAGUGUCAUAAGUUAUAUUGCCUCGGUCCCAAAAAGCAUCCCCUUCGCUAUUUA